CCUUGACUCAGCAUAUCCAUUAUGAUUAUGUCACUGAAUAAACAUUUCACCUUGAUAAAAACUAAAGUGAACUAAAUAUAUUCCAUCAGUCACCCUGAAUACAAGAAUCAGUCUCUCACUUCAAGUGCCACCAGAAACAAGUACAAGUUACAGCUCGGAAUUCUUUUAGUCGUGACAAAAUGGGACAAUUAUCUCCAAAGUAUUUCUUGAUUUUGUGCAUCAUUCACACAUCUCUUGCAGCUUCACGUUUCCGAGUAGAGAAAUAUACAGUCACAUUCGAUGAAGACUUGGAUUCAGACAAGCAGGAACAAUCAGAAGGCCGCAUCACAUCCUUGAAAUCUCGUCUCAACCCGUUUAAUGAUCAACUCUUCCAAGUAUUUCAACCAAUUACUGAUGCAGUUCCCUUUCCCAGAAGAAACUUACGCCUAAAUCCACAAUGGGUCCGAGGGUCUCACGGCGAAAUUGCAACGUUCGCUUACCAUGCAGGAUAUUUGCACAAGGACAAUUUCGUUGCUCGUGCCGUCUACAACAACUCCUUAAUUCCUGGAAAAAUAAUUAGUGGACAAGAGCAAGCGUACAUUGGGGUAGGAACAAAGGAGAUUGGUGUGUCCAGUUAUGAGACCUUGGGAUCUUCUCCGAGCAAUCUCUGCUGGACCACGACUGAUUUCUUAUCAACUGCCAAACCCGUUGAAGGCGGCCAUGACGAGAACGGUAACCCAAUCCAUGUUGGACGCACGAGCGAUCAAGAGAUUCUUGGAGCAUUUUAUCCAUCUCGUGGAGAAUUGGUGACCACUUCCAAUGGUCGCGCGAACGUCGAAAAAAAUUUGAAAAACAUCGAAAUUCUUGUGUGGAGUUGGUCUGCAUAUCCGAACUGCUGGUGGUGAAUUGUCUAGUUUUUUCAUACCAAAACUAUGGCUCGCCUAUGUUACCAAUUUGUUCAUAGAUUUGUAUGUAGGUUUAUCCAAUGUAGAAAAAUUAACCAAUUUAAAUAAGCAAUAAAAUUUGUUAUUUACAAUUUAA